AUGACCUUGAACAACAGAGCAAAUAUCUCAGCAAAUGCUGUCACAGAAUUUGUGUUACUUGGCUUUUCCAAUCUCCAGGUGAUGCAGCUGCCACUGUUCUGCCUUGUCCUGAUCAUGUAUGUCUUAUCAUCAAUGGGUAAUACUCUGGUUGUCCUCAUGAUCCGCCUGGACUCCCGCCUCCAUACCCCUAUGUACUACUUCCUCAGCCAUCUCUCCUGGCUGGAAAUUAUCAUCACCACCACUGUCACACCAAAGAUGCUCAGCAUUCUCAUUUCAGAGGAGAAGACCAUCUCCUUCUUUGCAUGUGCAAUUCAGGUCACAUUAUACUUCCUUGCAGGAACCACAGAAGUCCUCCUACUUGGAGCAAUGUCUGUGGACCGCUACCUAGCCAUUUGCAACCCAUUGCGCUACACAGCCAUCAUGAGUGACCAGGUCUGUUUACUGAUGGUGCUCUUCUGCUGGUUUAUUAGUUUUGUUUGUAUUACAAUUGGAGUAGUUUCCAAGUCAGAAUUGCCUUACUGUGGCCCCAAUGUCAUUGAUAAUUUCUUCUGUGACGCAGGCCCCUUGACAAAAUUGCUCUGUGCAGAUACCAGCCUCGUUGAAGCUAUAGAAUUUGCCUCAUCAUGUUUUACGCUGCUUUCCUCUGUCUCUGUCACCACCAUCUCUUACGUCUGCAUCAUUGUCACAGUGAUGAGGAUGCCUUCUGCCCAAGGUAGGAAUAAAGCAUUUAGCACUUGCAGUUCACAUAUCACUGUGGCCUCAAUCUACUAUGGUAGCUCCAUAUUCAUCUAUGUCAGGCCACAUGGAAGCUCAUCCAUGGAUUUCAAUAAGGUAGCCACAAUGCUCAACACCGUGGUAACCCCCUUGCUCAACCCAAUUAUCUAUUGCUUUAGAAAUAAAACAGUCAAAGAUGUUUUGAAAGAUAGAGUGAAACAGUUUGGUUCGAACUUUUCAAACUCAGUAGAUUAA